CCACAGCACUACAUACUCUCACUGAUAUUCCAGAUGUCGUCGGCCGAACACUAACAUACAAAGCACAAGUUGCGCCUCUACGUCAUCAAAUGAGAUAAUUAAAGACGCUUGCCAAGGACAAAACGGUUGCAGAUUAGAUGCUCGGAAUUCUAUAUUCGGAGAUCCUUGUCGUGGAACGCCCAAGUAUAUCUACAUGUCGUAUACUUGUAUCUAUCCAACUUGUUCCAAUCCUAUUCCAACCGUUCGAGUCAUUUGUGAACGGCAACGUCGCAUCAUUAACUGUGGAACUGGGAAACGUAUUGGAGUUUUGACUGGCUUUUAUGGAAGAACAAAUAAACUCACGUGUCCGUCUCGUGCCAUCCGUUCAUCGAGAUGCAAAUCUAGAAGUUCGUUUCGACGAAUCCACAAUACAUGCCAUGGCAAACAACGAUGUGCAAUUACAGCAACCAAUACUGUAUUUGGUAACCCAUGUAACGGAACAUACAAAUACAUUAAGAUGUCCUAUGUUUGCUAUUUUCCAUAGAAACAUAUCGUGGUAGUUAUUACUAUAUGGGGUAAGGUGGAUACCGUUAGUACAUAAUACAAAAUAUCCCAUGUUUCCUAAUCGUGUUUUUUAACAAUUAAC